GAAAUAUGAUAAUAUCAAAAUAAUGUUUUUAUUAUAAAUAUUGUGUAUUUAAAGUUUUAAAUAAGAAAAAAUAAGAGAAUUUAAAAGAGAAUGUGUUAUUUUUAGGAUGUACCACAUGUUUUUCAUAAAUAGCAUAUCCCAUCCACACUUCUGAUGCUUUCAGUAUGAGAGAAAUAGAAAAAUAUGGCAAACUGGAAUAAAAAGCGACGUUUGGCCAGCGAGCCUGUUAUAGCAGUGGAUCCUUUACAUAAAAAAAAAGAUAUGUUUUGUUGGGGUAGUACUAUACAUGGGGAAUUAGGUUUGGGUGGUAUAGAAGAUGAAAAUAUUUUGAUUCCCCGUGAACUUGAUUUUAAAAAAGCUGCAGAAAUACAGCAAAUUGCAUGUGGUGAAAAUUAUACAGUAGUUAUUACUCAAAUUGGUGAAAUAUAUUCAUGUGGGAAUAAUGAUUAUGGACAACUUGGUCAUGAAAAAGGAAGAAAAAGAUUACAAUUGAUACCUGGAUUGGAUGCAUUUGUAUUCAAAAAAGCAGCUUGUGGAGCAUAUCAUACUUUAGCAAUAAAUGAAUGGGGACAAUUAUUUAGUUGGGGAUCUAAUACAGAAGGCCAACUAGGUUUAAAUUCUAAAAAUUUUAUGGAAUCUUCACCACGUAUGGUAAAAACCUUAGGAACAAGUGUAGUGGUACAGAUAGCUUGUGGAAUGAAACAUGCAUUUGCAUUAACAAAUAAUGGAGAAUUAUAUAGUUGGGGUUCUAACAGUGAAGGGCAGCUUGGUUUAGGUACUGAUACUAAAUAUGAAAUAAAGCCCAAAUUUAUCAGUGCCUUUAUUGGAAUUCCUAUUGCCUUUAUUGCCUGUGGAGGAUAUCAUAGCAUAGCUAUAUCAAAAUCAGGAGCUGUAUUUGGAUGGGGAAAAAAUACAUUUGGUCAAUUAGGAUUAAAUGACACACAAGAUAGAAAUUUACCAUGUCAGUUACAAACAUUACAAAAUGCAAAAAUAUGUUAUGCAGCUUGUGGAGAAGAAUUUUCUGUAUUUUUAACAGUAGAUGGUGGAGUAUUUACAUGUGGUGCUGGAAUGUAUGGUCAAUUAGGACAUGGAAGCAAUAGUAAUGAAAUUUUACCUCGUCAAGUGAUGGAACUUAUGGGUAGCACAGUUACACAAAUUUCAUGUGGUAAAAGACAUACUUUGGCAUUAGUACCAUCAAGAGGUAGAGUUUAUGCAUGGGGUUUAGGUGGUGCAGGACAAUUAGGUAAUCAUUCAACUCGAAGUGUAACAACUCCACAAGUAGUACAUGGUCCAUGGAUUGCACCAAAUGGUUCAACAAUAAUAGACGUUAAUAAGCAAUUCAAUUCUCGUACAAUUGGUUAUGUUGUUAAACAUAUUUUCACUGGUGGAGAUCAUUGUUUUGCCACAGUAAUUUCACAGAAUGAUAUUGUAAAACCAGAUGACUGUAGAAUACUAGAAAGCACUUCUCAAAUUCUUACAAUAAUUGAAGAUCAACUAAUGGCAUGUCAACGAGUUCCGCCAAAUUCAUCUAUUGAUCAUGAACUUAUGACAUAUUUAGAAACUGUAUUUAAAAGUUUGUCCUGUAUAACUGGAUCAUUCUUACUUAAAAAUGAUGCUCAUUAUGGAUGUUCAAGUAAGCAUCAUGGGGUGGAUCUUGAUCAAGCUAGUAGAUUAUUUGGAAUUAUUAGAGAGUUGGAUAACAAAACAAUUCAAGAAUUGAUAUUUACUUGCAUAACAGACAGUUUGAUUCCUUCUUUUGUUAAUUUAUCAUCUAAAAUAAUUUGUACGGAAUCUUUAAGAAUCUAUUUAAUAUUACCUUUAUAUCAUGGUUUUGUAAAUCCUCUUAAUUGUAAUUCAUUGCAUAAACCAUUCUGCAAAGCUGUUUUAGCGUUAAAGCCAGAGAUUCUUAAAACUGUUACAAGUUGGUGGCUUAAGACACCACCCCAUUAUUUUGAGAGAUUAGUUAGAGUUCAUAAAUCAGUCGUUUUACAUUAUGUAAAACAAUUUAAAUCAAAUAAGGCUGUAUCAUGGGAUGUGACAUUGCAAGUUAUCUUAGAUUCUUUACAUUUAUUAAAUAAAUUGAAUAACGAAGGCGAUGAAGGCAAUAAAGUACCUUAUUCUACAUUUCAUUUACCAGAAUUAAUAGAACUUAUAGAUAUAAGAACUGAUUAUAUAAAAUGGAUUUCAGAAAAAGAAUCUUUUUCUUGUCAAAAAGUAUUCUGUAAUUAUCCUUUUCUUCUUGAUGCAAAUGCUAAAAUUAUACUUCUUGAAACAGAUCAAGCUAUUCAGAUGCAAUCAGCAAUGAAUGAGGCAGCAACUCUAGCUGUAAUGAAUCAAAUGUUUUUUGAUCCAUUUUCUAUACCACAUCAUAAUCAAUUUGUAAUAUUGAAUGUUUCGCGGGAAAAUAUUGUUGCUGAUACUUUGCGAGAAUUGUCACAAUAUAAUUCUAGUGAUUUAAAAAAGCCUCUUCGAGUAAAAUUUCAUGGUGAAGAAGCAGAAGAUGCAGGUGGAGUUAAAAAAGAAUUCUUUAUGCUAUUACUAAGGGAAAUUUUAGAUCCUAAAUAUGGCAUGUUUAAACAAUAUGAAGAAACUAGAAUUAUAUGGUUUAGUGAAGAUUCACUUGAAGAUGAAAAUAUGUAUUUUUUAAUUGGAAUUCUUUGUGGACUAGUUAUCUAUAAUUUUAUUAUUAUUGAUUUGCCAUUUCCAUUAGCUUUAUAUAAGAAAUUGUUACAUGAACCAGUUGGUUUAAUUGAUAUGAAAGAUAUGUCACCAGUACUUGCCAAAAGUAUGCAAAAUAUAUUAGAUUAUGAAGAAGCAGAUUUUGAAGAAGUUUUUGGUUUACAUUUUGAAAUAGUUAGAGAAGUAUUUGGUGAAAAGAAAAUAUAUGAACUCAUACCUGAUGGUAGUAAAGUUCCUGUUACAUGGAAAAAUAAAAAACAAUUUGUUGAUUUAUACGUAGAUUAUACAUUAAAUAAAUCUGUAGAUCUUCAUUUUCAAGCAUUUUAUAAAGGUUUUCAUAAAGUUUGCGGCGGUCGUGUAUUGGAAUUAUUUCAUAGUUAUGAACUUAUGGCUGUAGUAGUAGGAAAUGAAGAUUAUGAUUGGGAAGAGUUAGAAAAGAAUGCAGCAUAUAAAGAAGGAUAUACAAAAGAUAAUCCUACUAUUGUAUUAUUUUGGCAAGUAUUUCGUGAACUUCCGUUGGAAGAAAAGAAAAAAUUCUUACUAUUUUUAACAGGAAGUGAUAGAAUACCUAUACAAGGCAUGAAAGCAAUCAAAAUUACAAUACAACCAAUGAAUGAUGAACGUUUAUUACCUGUUGCUCAUACAUGUUUUAAUUUACUUGAUCUUCCUCGAUAUCAAACUCGAGAAAGAUUACGAUAUAAAUUAUUACAAGCAAUUCAACAAACUCAUGGCUUUUCAUUAGUAUAA